AACUGACGAUGGAGUUGAAGAGUUAGUUGAUGAAGCUGGUUGAUUAGAAUGGCUGGUUAAAAUGUUCUCAGAAUACAGGAUUCAUCCAGCUCUGCUUCACCUGCUUUACUGUCUGUUGUGCUCAGCUGGAGAAGAGGUUAUCAGACUGCAGGAGCUGGAGGGAAACACUGUAACCAUCCAUACUGGAUUAACUGGAGUUCAGAGUGAUGCAAAGAUUCUGUGGUUUUAUGGACCUAAAAAUGCAGAUAUAAAGAUAGUGGACAGUCUGGUGUUUAAAGGGGAGACUAAUACAGACUAUGACAGUGAGAGAUUCAGAGACAGACUGCAGCUGAACAGAAACAGUGGAUCUUUAACCAUCACAAACAUCAGCAGAGAAGAUUCUGGAGUUUAUAAAUUACACAUCAUUACAGGAAGUAUCUCAGUCUGGAGUUUCAGUGUUGAUGUUUAUGCUCCAGUAUCAAAGCCAACCAUAAGAAAUCAAUCUGAAAAGUGCUCAGUGAAUCCCAGAGAGUCGUGUUCUCCUCUGUGCUCUGUGGAGAAUGGGAAGGAUGUGAGUUUGUCCUGGUAUGAAGAGAAAGAGAGAAUCUCCCGCAAUAGUAGCUCAGAUUCCAGUGAACAUCUUUAUCUUCCUCUGAAUAUAACCAACCUAAACUGUUCUACUUACACCUGUGUAGCUGAUAAUCCAGUUAGCAAUCAGACAACCCAGCUCAACAUUACAAAUAUCUGCUAUAUUAACACAGUUAAAGAUCCAAAUGAGGAGGUUCGUAGGAAGUCGCUGGUUGUUGUUCUGAUACCUGUUCUGAUUGUUGCUCUAUCAUUGAUAUUAUGUGUGUGGGUCUGGAAAAAGAAGUCAAAGCAACAAGUUCUUGAAGAUGCUGAGCUGAAUUAUGCUGUAGUUAAAACUAAACCUCAAAAUUCAAAAGAAGCUUGUGAGGUAAACAGAGCUGCAGUAACAGAAGUUCAGGACCAGAGUGACUCUGUGCUGUACUCAACUGUCAGGACGUAACUCAUUUCAGUAGCAGUAAAUCCUUUUUCAUUACAUUUCU